CCCACAAUACUUCCUGUCGUUACAGUCGGUGCAAACGGGUUCGAAACCGGCUGAAAUUUAAUAUUUUUGUGAAGUUUUAACAGAAUUGUGUUAAAAAAUGAAUACAGUGUUGUCGAGGGCAAACUCCCUCUUCGCAUUUUCGUUGAGUGUGAUGGCGGCUCUCACCUUCGGUUGCUUUAUCACCACGGCGUUUAAAGACAGAAGCGUCCCAGUUGACAUUAGCGUAACGAAAGUGAUGCUAAAAAACGUAGAUGACUUCACUGGACCGAGGGAAAAAAGCGAUUUGGGAUUCGUUUAUUUUGACGUCACAGCUGAUCUGCACCCGAUCUUUGAUUGGAAUGUCAAACAGCUUUUUCUCUACCUUUCAGCAGAAUAUUCAACCAAAAGCAAUGCUCUGAACCAGGUUGUUCUGUGGGAUAAGAUUGUGUUGAGAGGAGACAACACCAAGCUCAACCUGAAGGAAAUGAAGUCCAAGUACUUCUUCUUCGAUGACGGGAAUGGCCUGAGGGCCAAUAAGAACAUUACUCUCACUCUGUCGUGGAACGUGGUACCAAACGCCGGGAUCCUUCCCCUCAUCACAGGCUCCGGACACAUUUCCGUUCCUUUCCCCGACACGUACGAGACCGCCAGGAGCUACUGACCUGUCUGACCCGUGUUUGUCUGUGCUGUUUACUUGACUGAGGUUUAUAAUAAAAGAAUAAAAGUUAUGGUGGGAACUGUUACAUUUCAGAUAGCAUUUUAU